AUGGCGGCGGUGUCAGAGCCGGCGGUGGCACAAAGUGAGGCCCCGGCGUCGGCCUCAACCCCGGGCCCAGGCCCUGCUCCCUCCCCUUCCCCAACCCCAGCUCCAGCCCCGACACCUUCUCCCGCUCCUUCACCGUCCCCCACCCCCUCUCCCACCCUGGUCCCCAAGCUGGAGCCGAGUGAAAGUCCGGCCGAAAACCACAAGCCGGGUCCGGCCGCGGGCCCAGCCCCGGCCCCGGCCCCGGCUCCGGCUCCGGCACCAGCCCCAGUCCCGGGCCCCGCUCCCGCUGCAGGCCCGGCUCCAGUCCCGGGCCCAACACCUGAGCUGCCCGACAAACAGACGCUGCUGGCUGUGCUGCAGUUCCUGAAGAAGAACCACUUCAAAGAGGCCGAGGAGAUCCUGAGGAAGGAGGCCAACCUGCAGGAGAGUCUGGACGAGUCGCUGCUGAGGACGGCCGGCCACAGGGGAUCGGACUCGGUUCAUCAGCCCGACGUCAGCUCGGUGCUUUCGGCCUACAGCAAUGAGGGCGACCCGAGCCUGUACGAGGAAUACUACACCGGCCUCAAGGGCUUCAUCGAGACGGCGCUGGAUGCCUUCAAAGCCGAGCUGUCCACUCUCCUGUACCCGGUCUUCGUGCAUCUUUACCUGGAGCUGGUUUACAAUGAGCAUGAGAGGGAAGCUCGGCAUUUCUUCCACAAGUAUCAUGGGGAUCAGGAAGGAUAUUACCAUGACGACCUGCGAGUACUCGCUGGCCUGUCGAAGAAGGAACACAUGCAGGGGAAUGAGACAGUGCUUGAUUUUCGGACAAGUAAGUUUGUGCUACGGAUUUCACGGGACUCAUACCAGUGCCUGAAACGUCACUUACAGGAGAGGCAUAAUAACCAGAUCUGGAACAUUGUGCAGGAGCAACUGUUCAUCGAUGUAUUUGAUGGGAUGCCGAGGAGUAAGCAACAGAUUGAGGUGACUUCUGGGGGAAUGGCCGGAGAAGCAAAGAGGGAGGCAAACAAAACCAAGGUGUUCUUUGGGUUGUUGAAGGAGCCAGAGAUUGAGCUUCCACUUGACGAUGAGGAUGAAGAAGGAGAGAACGAGGAGGGGAAACCAAAGAAGAAAAAGCCAAAGAAGGAUAGUCUGGGUGCAAAGAGCAAGAAGCAGGACCCCAAUGCCCCCCCUCAGAACAGAAUUCCACUUCCUGAACUAAAAGAUUCUGACAAACUGGACAAGAUAAUGAUAAUGAAGGAAGCCACAAAACGGGUGAAGCUGGGGCCGGAAUGCUUGCCCUCCAUAUGCUUUUACACUUUCCUGAAUGCUUACCAGGGACUCACUGCAGUUGACUUCACAGAUGAUUCUAGUCUGAUAGCAGGAGGUUUUGCUGAUUCCACUGUCAGAGUAUGGAGUGUCACGCCCAAGAAGUUACGCAGUGUCAAAGGGGCUACAGAUCUCAGUUUAAUUGACAAAGAGUCCGAUGAUGUGCUGGAGCGAAUAAUGGACGAGAAGACUGCCUGUGAGUUUAAAAUGCUACUGGGACAUGGGGGCCCAGUUUAUGGGACAAGUUUCAGUCCUGACAGGAACUAUCUGCUGUCCAGUUCGGAGGAUGGCACAGUCAGACUCUGGAGUCUGCAAACCUUCACCUGUCUCGUGGGCUACAAAGGACAUAACUAUCCAGUGUGGGAUACGCAGUUUUCUCCGUAUGGCUACUACUUCAUUUCAGGGGGCCAUGAUCGGGUGGCACGGCUUUGGGUGACUGACCAUUAUCAACCGCUGCGAAUAUUCUCUGGUCACCUCUCUGAUGUCACCUGCACAAGAUUUCAUCCCAAUUCAAAUUAUGUAGUGACAGGAUCUGCAGACAGGACCAUCCGACUGUGGGACGUUCUAAAUGGCAACUGUGUUCGAAUCCUCACUGGACACAAGGGACCGAUCCACUCAUUGGUGUUCUCUCCAAAUGGUAGAUAUUUGGCCUCUGGAGCUACAGAUGGCCGGAUUCUACUGUGGGAUAUCGGGCACGGGUUACUUGUAGGCGAGUUAAAAGGUCACACCGACACCAUCUACGCACUGAAGUUCAGCCGCGAUGGGGAGAUUCUAGCCUCAGGUUCUAUGGAUAAUACAGUGAAAAUGUGGGACACUGUCAAAGCAUUUGAGGACCUGGAGACAGAUGAUUUCAGCACUGCCACUGGGCAUAUUAACUUGCCUGACAACUCGCAGGAGCUGUUACUUGGCUCCUACAUGACCAAAUCCACCCCAGUCAUUGGCCUGCACUUUACUCGCCGUAACUUACUACUGGCUGCAGGGGCAUAUAACCCACAGUGAUUGGCAAAACCCCACCUCUAGUUCAACUUUUCCCAUCCUCGUUCCUAAAUUGGAUAGAGGAUGUAGAUAUUUUCACAGUAUCUGUGAAAUUCUCAUUUUGUGUUCCCUUCCCACCCAAAAUCUUGACACCCCAUCGUCAUUUACGACAUAUUGUCGUGCAGGGAUGUUUUGCAUUACAUUGAACGGUGUUUUUUUUUAAAAGUCUGAAUGAAGUUUACAAUAAAAUACUGAAAUCUAUUAUUGCUUAUCUGCAGAAGGGGGAAGAGAAAGGCUCUCCUUCCUAUAUUGUAGGGUCUCCAGCUCAGGCUAUGUUUAAAUAUAGCCCACUCUGCUAGUUGCUGAUAUCUACUGUAAGAUUCUGAUGUUCUGCAGAAAGCUAACCAGUCAAAUGCUAGAAGAGCAUUGUGCUGGAAUACAACACCAGGUAAACCAGUAUUUCUGAAUCAGCCCAGACUGCUGUAGGUUUACAUAGGUACAGUUGCACUGGUCCAUGUCUUCAUCUCGGUCUCCAAGCUCAUCCUAAAUUCUGCAUCGAUCAACCUUGAGCUCCUUAAGCACCUGGCCAUAUAUUGCUUUAACAUGAUUUAAUAAAAUCCCAGCCUAGCUUUCUAUUAAACACUGAUGCAAAGUUGAAUUUCAGUCACUGGCUAUUUGCAUCAAUUUGAAGUAUUGACCUUGAACAUUAUUACCUUUGCAUCCCUGAAACAGCAAAGCUAUAUUUCAUUAUGGCGAAUAGCUGAAUACUAUUUGUAUUAGCCAAUACUCACUUUUCUAUAGAGCUUCAAGGAAGAAUAAGUGGCCUGCACUGGGAGUUGCUUUUUGUUACAGUGGCAACUAAUGAAACCAAACUUUAUUUAACAAAAACAAAAGUUAAGCUGAAAAUGAAAAAAGGUGUGGAGUGUAACAUACCUAUAAGUUUGUGUUUUUUAAAAAAUAGAGUUACUGACAAGAACAAACAAAAUGUGGUUGAGCAUGGAAUGAGACUAGUCAGCCAUCCAAUUGCUCCAAGAUUCUAGUACCACACAAAACCAUUUCACUUAAAAGUAAACACUGCAACUGUGGAGUCCCACAAGUUUUAUUUGUGAAGGCUGAUAACUUAUAACAUCACUAUGACACGAUUGUAGGCGUUUCAAGCAUUCUCUCAGAUUCCACACAAUGGUCCUUAAACUCCAGUAGCACUGUCUUAUGGAGAAUCUGAAAAUGAAUCAAA